AUGCGCGGCUACGUCGAGGCUGCCGCGGUGAUUGAGGAGCUGCUGCAAGGCCUACCAGAGCUGACAUGGCCGCCCUCGGCUGCUGAUCUGGAGGUUGCCGGCGCCCGGCUGUGCGCCCUGCCGCUGGCCAGCCUGCUUCGCACGCCCUCUGCGAGCGCUGCAUCCACGACGCCGCCUGGCGCAUGCGCGCAGGCGGGGUGUGCCUGGCCCUCGGUGGACCUCAAGGCGUCCCUGCUGGACGUGGUAGGCGCGUUUGUGCACAGCCACUCGCAGCACUUGCUCGUCCUGGGGCCAGGCAGGGAGGUCGUCAGCGUUGUGUCUCAGAGUGACAUCGUCAGGUUCUUGGCCGCCAACCUGGCCUCGUCGGGUGACCUGGCAAACAGCACCCUUGCCGUGCUGGGCCUGGCCGGACGCGCCCUGGCUGGCAACGGGCGGCGCACCACCGCUGAGCGGCACUCGGGACUGGCGCGCGCGUCGAGCCCCAGGACAGACGCAGCACAAUGCCCCACUGUCUUGGGCGGCGGCGGCGGCCCCUGCGCUGGCCGCGAUCACAGCCACAGCCACAGCGGCGGCGGCAGGGCCGUGGGGUGGAAGCUGGUGACUGUGCCGGAGAGCUCGAGCGCACUGGACGCCCUCAGAGUGAUGCACGCCAAGGGCGUGUCGGGCGUUGCAGUGGUGGGGCGCCAAGGCGACCUGGUCGGCCACUUUGGGGCGUCUGACGUGCGCUGCCUCUCGGCGGGCGUGUUUCACCAGCUGCUGGCACCAGUCAGAGAGUUCCUGUUGCAGGUGCCGCGGCCCCCACGCUGCAGCGGCGGCGGCGGCGGCGGCGCAGCGCUCGAGCAGGCUGCAUCGGCUGCAUCAGCGCCGCUGGCCGGGCGUGUGCUGUGCGCGCAGCCGACAUCAACGCUGGGGAUGCUGGUGACUGCGCUGGUGCGGCAGCGCGUGCACCGCGUCUACAUCACUGACACAGAUUGCGCGCCUGUGGGGGUCGUGACCUGCACGGACGUGCUUGAUGCACUAGGGGGUCGGGCAUGA